AGGGACAAAUGUGCGUGUGGGUGUGCGAGUUGGGACUUCGACGGGCGGGGAGGCGGCGGGAGGACCCAGGCGAGUGGGUGUGUGCCUGGCGUGGGGCUGACCCCAGCCUCUGUGGGAGGCGCGAAGGUUCCGGGGUCCGCUGCCAGGCCGGGGAUGCCGGGGGCGGAUUCCGUGUGUCCGGGACCCCCGGCUGCCGUGUUCCUCCCCCUGCGGCCGAGGCCCCGGAGCCUCUCAGACUAAUAGGGAUGCCAAAGGAAAAAUAUGAUCCUCCAGAUCCUCGCAGAAUUUAUACCAUCAUGUCAGCAGAGGAGGUAGCCAAUGGGAAAAAAUCUCACUGGGCAGAAUUAGAAAUCUCGGGUAGAGUGCGGAGCUUAAGUACAUCACUUUGGUCAUUGACACACUUGACGGCGCUGCACCUAAAUGACAAUUACCUUAGUCGCAUUCCACCUGAUAUUGCCAAGCUUCAUAAUCUGGUUUACCUGGAUUUGUCAUCCAAUAAACUCAGAAGUUUACCAGCAGAACUAGGAAACAUGGUGUCUCUCAGGGAAUUGCUUUUAAAUAACAAUCUGUUACGGGUUUUGCCUUAUGAACUUGGUCGGCUCUUCCAGCUACAAACUCUAGGUUUGAAAGGCAAUCCUUUAUCACAGGAUAUUCUCAAUUUAUACCAGGACCCAGAUGGAACCCGAAAGCUACUGAACUUCAUGCUUGACAAUCUUGCAGUUCAUCCAGAGCAGCUUCCUCCGAGGCCAUGGAUUACAUUGAAAGAACGAGACCAAAUUCUGCCAUCAGCUUCAUUCACGGUUAUGUGUUACAAUGUGUUAUGUGAUAAAUACGCCACCCGGCAGCUAUAUGGCUAUUGCCCAUCCUGGGCAUUAAACUGGGAAUACAGGAAAAAGGGAAUUAUGGAAGAAAUUGUUAACUGUGACGCAGAUAUCAUUAGUCUUCAGGAAGUAGAAACAGAGCAAUACUUCACUCUCUUUCUGCCAGCAUUGAAGGAGCGUGGAUAUGAUGGAUUUUUUUCUCCAAAGUCACGUGCCAAAAUCAUGUCUGAGCAGGAGAGAAAGCAUGUGGACGGUUGUGCAAUAUUCUUCAAAACAGAAAAAUUUACAUUGGUGCAGAAACAUACAGUGGAAUUUAACCAAGUGGCAAUGGCUAAUUCAGAUGGAUCCGAAGCUAUGCUGAACAGAGUGAUGACAAAAGACAAUAUUGGUGUUGCUGUGGUAUUAGAGGUCCACAAAGAACUAUUUGGAGCAGGUGUGAAGCCUAUUCAUGCUGCAGACCAACAGCUACUUAUAGUGGCAAAUGCCCACAUGCAUUGGGACCCAGAGUAUUCUGAUGUGAAACUUAUUCAGACCAUGAUGUUUGUCUCAGAAGUUAAAAACAUUCUGGAGAAAGCCUCUAGUAGGCCUGGCAGCCCAACUGCAGAUCCUAAUUCCAUCCCGCUGGUGCUAUGUGCUGAUCUUAACUCAUUGCCAGAUUCAGGUGUUGUGGAGUAUUUAAGCAAUGGAGGAGUAGCUGACAACCAUAAAGACUUCAAGGAACUAAGGUACAAUGAGUGUCUUAUGAACUUCAGCUGCAAUGGAAAGAAUGGAAGCUCAGAAGGGAGAAUUACACAUGGCUUCCAACUGAAGAGCGCCUAUGAAAAUAACUUGAUGCCUUACACCAAUUACACCUUUGAUUUCAAAGGCGUGAUUGACUACAUUUUCUAUUCCAAGACUCAUAUGAACGUGCUUGGUGUCCUGGGGCCUUUAGAUCCUCAAUGGCUGGUUGAGAACAACAUCACUGGGUGUCCACACCCUCACAUCCCUUCAGACCACUUCUCACUGUUAACACAACUUGAACUCCACCCUCCAUUCCUGCCUCUUGUCAAUGGUGUUCACUUGCCUAAUCGGAGGUAGUGGAGUACUGCCCCGCAAGGACAGGGGCGGGGGGAUCUGUUGCUAUGGACCUGUACAGUUGUAAAUCAAAGUACGUAGGAGUGAAGUAUGGCCAUCCUUAAGCUGCUUCUUCCGGUUUCUUUCAUUAUGUGUUUGCUGUAAGAUUUUGUACAUUUUUGUGCAUAUUGGUAUCAUUUGGCACUAGGGCUGGAACCAAAGUUUUAACUCUCUCCCCAAAUUUUUAAUUUAACAUGUUUUUAAAUUGAACCUUUGUAUUAUAUUAGAAGUCAGCAUUCAUAAUUGAUAAAUCACCAUUUUGAGGCCCAACAACAGUGUAUUUGUUUUUCUGAAACAAAUACUUUCUUUUGAAUGGUUUCAAAUCAGCCAGCCAUUUUUGUAAAAGGCGAUUUUUAAAAAUUACAGGAUUUUAAACCGAGUGAUGGCUUGCCUUGAAGGGAAAAUUUUCUUGGAUUUUUGUUUUCCAUUAUAAUAAACUGAAUUUUGGCUUCCCUAGUCAUUUGUACAUUAACAAAGUGCUUAAAUUUGCUAGAUCUGUACAUAAACUAUGAUGUAGCCUUUAGCUAUAAUAAGAAAAGUUGAGAAAUUAAAGAUGGUUGCACAGUAUGCUUUCAAAAUCAAGUAUUUAACAGCAUAUGACAGUUUGUUGGGCAAACAGUGGUUUUUUGUUUUUUUUGAGGAAUCACUAUUUUGUUACCCUAUUAGUUAUAUAGCCUUACUAGAAGUAUUAAUUCUAAGCUUAUCUUUCCAGUUUACUUAUAGGGAAACAACGGGUAAUUUCUACUGCCACACAUCUUGAAAAUAGAAUUUGGUAUAUAUUUAGGAUGCCCACAAAUUAGUGUUCAGUAUUUCAUCGUUCCAAUCCACCUUUUCUGCCUGGUUGUGUUAGAGAACAGACAUUAUAUGAUCUAUAAUCAUUUUUGCUGUUAUAGUCAGAUGUUAAAAAAAGAACUACUGAAUGAAAAGGCCCUGAUCAAAAUUACAGAAGGGGAAAGCUAUACAAAUAUUUCAUGUGUUUCCCAAAGUAGGUCAAGUGGCUGUUGGUUUUGGCUUUUUGAGGUGACAGUGGAAGGAUUUGGGGGAGAGAGGGAACAAGGAAUAGUGAAAAACCUUGGAUCAUUUUUCCUGACUCUAGUUGCCAAAUGGCCAUUAUAUGCUUUUAAUCUUUGUUUCCGUUGUCUGUCAGGGAAGUUGAACUAAGAAGCUACUGGUUUAUCCCCAACUGUCGAUGCUCUUUAGGUAUGUUGAAAUCCUUUUUUUUGCCCAGGAAGGGUCAGUUGAAAAUCUGUGACUCAAGAGGCAGUGGACAUGAUAUCAUUUUCUGGGGUAAAAAAUUGGUUGGCUACUUGAUGUUAAUUAUGGCACAGUAACAGGAAAAGGUUGUGUCUGUGUUUUUAAGUUUUUCUUUAUUCUGCUUUUUUGCUGCUAUUAAGAGUUUUCUGAAAGUUAUAUUUUAAACUUUUCAUGCACUUUACUGUUUCUAGGCUCAAAAUGUGAUAUUUUUAAUAAAUAAGAAUUUUUCCAUUAUAUGAAUGAAAUUUUAAAAUAAAAUAGCCUAUAUUUGUGUCUCACUAAUAUAUAAAGUACAGGUCAAAUUUAAAUUAUUUAAUUAGUUUUUAAAUAUAUACAAUUUGUCUCCUCUCUCAAACUGACAUCUUAGACUGUUUCAUUAGUUUUAAAUGAUGCAUUUCCUUUGGUCAUUUUAUACUAAUUUCUUCCAUAGUAAAUUAAUCACUCUAUAUAAGAUAAUAUUUCCCUGAAGGAUAAUUUUAGUGGGACAAGGGUGGUGGGAUGAUGUAAUAUCAUAUAUAGGUUUGUAUCAGAAGGGUUCUGUAAAGCCUAAACUCCUUUUUAAAAGUGCCUAGUGAUAGAGGCAUUGUUUGUCAUCUAUGAUAAUUGGGAUGUCAUUAUAGUUGAGUGAAGUUUGAUGUAAAUAAAAUAUUCUUUUAAAAAUGUUAAAAUGCUAUAAUAAACAAAGAAACAACCCUUAAGAUGACAGAUUUUCCUCAGUGUGCAGGUAUCCCUUCUUAUAUACCUCAAGCAUUCAACAUCUAGCCAUGCAAAUUGAUUUUCUGAAGCAUAGUACUGGAAAGUAGAAUAGCAUGAAAAACUUAAUUUUGUGGACAUUACCUUUUUUUGUAAUCAGCUACUGUAUGUUUUUUUAAAAUCUUGUUUUGGGUGGGUUUUCUGCUCUGGAGGUAUAUGCACUAACAAAAUAUUUUCCUCCUUUCAUAUACGCAUGUUAAUUAGCAACGUGAGCAAUAUUUCCUACCAUACUUCACUCCCAAUAUUUUUUGAGAUGUUUGUAUAAAAUGGAAUUUAAAGUUCACUUAUGAUUGUAUAUGAACCACAGAGGAGCCCAUUUAUUAAUAAAAAAACCUUUUUUAAUAGUUAAAUGUAGAGGGAAAAAAUAAAAAACAUUGGGAAACAUUGUAAACAGCUUAAGUUUAUUUUGUGUAUGAUUGAGGCACUCUGUUGCAGGAAGGUGUGUAAUUGGGUUCUCUCUGCUUCCAAAUGCACUCUUUCAAACCAUUCAUUAUCCUGUGUAUUUUUAAUGUGGUUUUAGUAAAUGUUGGUAGUAGCUCUGUUGAAGUAGGUAAUUGUGUUAUGUUUUGGGUGGCACACACACUUGGGGCAUGGUAACCCAGAUUUCAUGUGCACGGUUUCCCUUUAGCCCACUGCCCAAAUUUCACACACCCUUCACCCUUUGUUCCCUUUGUAAAAGGAGUGGUAUCUGUUUUGAGCUGCCAAUUCAGAUGAUCAGAAAUGCUGCUCUCCUCAGUAUUGUCUCGUUAAAACGCAUGCCACUUGAAAUUUUGGUAGUGAGAAGCCAAAAGAAAGAGGUGAAUAACAGAUGGUAUAUAUGUAUAUAUAUUCAGUGAAAGUAAAAUAUUUAUGCUCAGAUACUUUCUAGUUCUCAGAAUAAGUUAAUAAGCUUUAUGCCAUGGGGCUGCUGCAUAUUUUAUCUGAAGAUAAAAAAAAAUUGGGCAUUUUUUAAUUGUGAUAAUGUAUUUUUUUUAACUGUUAAAUAUGAUUUCCGAUAUUUGUCUAAGAACUGGAGUGUUCUUGAAAUUUUUUAAAACAGUGUUGUUUGAGGAAGGGAAACUGCACUGUGUACCAUUACAUCAGUCAUAUAUGCAUGUCAAGUCACCCACUCUCAGGCAUCAGUAUCCGCCUCAUAGCUUUACACAUUUUGAUGGGGAUUAUUGCAGCAUCCUCAGGCCUGACAUCUGGGAAAGGCUCAGAUCCACUUACUGCUCCUUGCUUGUUGACUUUGUUUUGAAAUAAUGUGCCUGGUGUCAACUUCUAAGCAACAGCACUGCCUAAAAGCAAGCAGAGAACAGAAUCCCAGCACCAUCCUAUAGGCAACUUUUUAGAAUUCAGAUACAGUAAAUCUGUUCCAGAUUUAUGAUGUUUUAUGUGAAAAAAAAUUUUGUAUGAUGUAGUCGAGUAUUUUUGUUUCAUUUCUUCGAUGUAAGGCGUGUGAAUGUUCGUUUGAAUAUCACAUGUUAAAGUCAGGUAUGACACAGUGGGUUUCGAGACCAACUUUCAUCCCCUCCCAUUUGCCUUGCUCUAAGCUUUCUUUUCAAAUUAUAUUUCCAGUAUUUAUAGGCAAAUAUUUAAUUUUACUAAUAAGCAUCCUGUGUGAAUGUAUUAAAAAAGCCACUGUGUUUUAGUGUUGUAGUUGGCAGAAAUGUAUAAAGCUUCAUUUCUUAUUUGUCCCUGUUCUUUUGUGUUUUAAAGUUAUUAAAUCACAGAGAAGCAAGGGAGAAAGUUGAAAAAUAUCUAAGGUUCAUAUCACUUGAUUCCAGGGUGUGCUAUAUUAGAAUUAAGGAUGUGGCACAUUAAAACUGGAAUGGGGGCAAACAUACUAUGUUACACUUGAAAAUUCUAUCUUCUAAAUAAUAUAUUGUUAAAUGGGUGAAAAAUUAAGUUUGCAUUUGCAUUUCCAAGAGUUUGUAAAAUUUGCUAAUGCCAUUUAUACUUGCCAAUCAAAUAGCAAGGAGUAGUGAAAGCACAAGAGAAAAUAGGUUGUGUUCUUUGAUGGAACCCGAGACAUACAACUCAUCAUUUCCAACACAAGGCUAGGUUUUCUAGCAAUAGGAAUUGACUAUGUCCAGUACUUAACAGUACUUAACUUAUUUCUCUAUUCUGAAUUCUUGAGGGAAUUUAGUAGCUUUGUAAAAUGCACUUAAUGAUCAGUAGCUUUGGUCACAGAAAACACCAUCAGUUUCUGACAUAUUCGGCAGGCCAUAAGAAUAAUGGCUUUAUAGCAAGCAAAGACUUUAUGACACGUUUUCAAAAUAGCACUCAUAUACAUACAUAUAUAUAUAUAUUGACAGAAAUGUGAAUUCUUCUAUUUGUAAGGUACUCUCUCCCACCUGCCCUCCUGUAAAAAAAAAUCACCUUUCUCAUGUGUGGAUAUUUGUUUAAUAUUUUCCUUCUGAAUUUUAUCAUGUUUGUAGAACUCUGAAUUAACAGGUAGACAAAUUAGGGAAAUCAGAAUAUUUUUCUAAGCCAGGAACUUCAACCAAAGCUUUAAAUUUGUAGAUAAAACUUUUAUACUUAUGGUUGGUUUGGGCAUUUUUAGUUAUUUAAUGUAAGCAUAUCACCAAAUUGAAUUCAAACGUAAGUAAAUUAGUACAUUUUUAACCUGGCUUAUUUACCAAAGUUGUAAUCUCUUUAAGAACAGGAUGCCAAGAGCAUCUUUCAUUUUAUGGAAUGAUACACACAUCUUUAUUGUAUAGGUGUCACUUUAAAGCUUGAGAGUAAGAAGGGAAAAUGAAAGUCCUUACACCUAUUCUGCAGGAUGUUCUGAACAAGAUCCACAGAAAUAAAACAAAACACGUUUUUUUUCAGAAGUGGUAAGGGACAGCAUGGAUGUUUCUUGUUCUAACCAAAUACCUUCUUUAUGUAAAUUUCUCUGUAAAAUCACAAGUCCUACAGCAAGAAACAGGGAGAUAACCGGAAAAAGCCUAGUUAAUAAUUUCUUUUGGCAUAAAUAUUUUUGGUUAGACAGUUAUUCUUGGAACCAAAGGAAAACAAGCAUGUUGAGGUUUUAUUCAACAAACAUUAGGACAUUGAAGUAAUGGAAUGUUUUUAAGUCAAGUAGAUUUCACUUUCAAAGAAGAUGAAAUAAGGACAUUUCCACCUGUUAAAUGUUGAUUUUUUUAUGGCACAUAGUAUAAACUGAAUAGCAGUGUGCUGAAAUUAGAAGUGUCAUCAGAAAUAAAUCAAAUUAUAAAAAGGGUAUGCAAAUGCAAAGUGAUAUGACUCUUUUGGCACAUUAAGUAGUAUGGUAUAUUUAGCUUUCAGAAACUUUCAAAAGGCAUAGUUUGGCACCUACUGUAGUUAUUUUUGUUAUUAGAACAAUCUUCCUGAACUUAAUUUCCUUGUUUGUAUGUCUGUCAUUGUAAAACAUAUGACUCAUGGCAGCCCUCUCAGAAAGUGGUCCUUUCAUACUCAUUUCAAUUUUGUGUUAAUAUUUAAUUACUGACAUGACUGUAUUUUCUUUCAAGCUAUCAAUGGGUGUUAUAUUCCACAUUUGUUUAAUUAGUUAACUCACACAAUUGGCUCAGUGUUGAUGUGUCAAAUAAUGACUUUGCUUCUUACCAAACAGGCUUAGUUUCUUGCCACUUGUUUCAGUCUUGAUGCAGUGAAUGAUGAAGUAGUCUGGGUGUGUGUUUAUUCAGGAACUGUACUAUCCUUUCUCUGUGCUUAAAUUGCUAAAAAUACAUUUCCCUUCCCUGUGAAAUACCUGAGCGGUGCUCUGCCAACUUUUUGUGGGGAGGGGUUUGGAUGGCUGUGUUACUGCACACUGGAUCUGGAAUUGUUCAGUACUGUGAGUGGCAAAUCUCUUAAACACCAGCAGCACUGAGAAGUGCACUAUGGGCAUUCGUACAGUUGUCCAAAUGCAAGCAAGUCUUUCAUCGAGGAAUGCAAUUGAAGAAUAGAUUCAUUGGAGUACUAGGAAUAUUUUGAGAAGGAUGAAAGCCUCAUCUUUGUUUUUUGUUGUCUCUAGAGUGGGAUGAUACAGAGGGAGUUACUUUAGUUGUAAGAAGAGGACUGUGUAUACACCUUUUCUCUGCAAGGGCCAGGGUGUUGUUCAGAUUCACUAUGGAUUAGUUUACAUCUAUUAUGAUGUCUCUGAACCAUAAAAUAAGUGCCAACUAAUUGUCCAUGAGAUGAUCUAUUCUUCCACUCAAUUUACUAUUUGAAUAGGAAAGCGUUCGUUUAUUCUCAUUACUUGGCAUUAAAUCAAUAAUUCGUAGUUCUGCAUACAUUUGAGUCAUUAUGUAGCCUAUAAAGUGUUUUUAUAACUAAUUUAAUGGUUGGAAAGUAAAGCACAUGAGUUUAAAAGUGAGCAAGAUACUUUGGUGAUUUUUUUCCCCCCUGAGUACUGGGUAGUUGCUAUUGAUACUAUUCCAAAACAAAUUGUUCUAGGCUGUGUAUUUACUUUGCUUAUGUCCAAAGAAAAAGCCAAACUAAAUCAUUUCAUUACUGUGGUCUAAGAAUCAGUUUAAACUUUUAAGAUUUUAUUUCUUUCUCUUUUACGUAGGAGAUUUAAUGAAGUGCCAUGUAAUUGAAGCUUACUAGUGUUUAGUGUUUAAUGUUUAAUAGACUGGUUCUGUGGUGGUCUAAUCAUUUAACACUCUGUCAUCCCUGGAGAAAAUGGUUCUGCUUUUACUGAACACAUUCUCUCUGACAAAAUCACCAGCUGCUUUAUUUUUCUAUUUAUUACAGUUAAACAGUUGAUGAGGUUUAAAUCUCAACCAAACUGCUCAGCUGAGAUGUUUUUCACAAUAGACACUGUACAAAAUGUGCGUGCAAAAGGACACAGUUGGGUGGUAGUAUUUUUUCAUUAAUGUGAACAUUGACUAAACAAAGCAGUCCUGCCUUUUAAAUCUUGUGGCAGCUCAGAAGGGAGGUGCUUAAGAACCUUAACUACUAUGUCAGAUGACAAAAUACUUUUUUCCAUUUUGGAGAUUGGGUACUGCUCACACAUGAUGUAUAGGGCUAAAUAUAUGCUUGUUUCCUCGCACCUGUGUACUUCCCCUUCUCUCCCUCCCUCCCUUUCCUGUAGGCAAUAAAUGGCCAUUUUGCAACUGCA